AUGGACAAAUCAUGGAUUGAUAUGCCACGAAAUUCAGUUGAAUAUUUGCAUGGGUUAAAUAAGUUCUUAGAUUUUGCAUUUGAGAAACGGUCUGUGAAUGGUGUAAUAAAGUGUCCAUGUGCUAAAUGUCGCUUCAAUAAAUGGGAAACUAGAGAUAUAGUGCUUGACCACUUGAUUUGCAAGCCAUUUCCAAAAAAUUACAAAGUUUGGAUUUGGCAUGGUGAAACGUAUGAAACAGUGACAUCAAGAGAUUGUCAAGUAAUGCAAGGGUCGUUGGCCACUGAAAACCCUAUAUUAGACAUGAUAAAUGAUGCAUUUGGGGUCAACAAACGGCAUGCAUCAGAACCCACCCCUUCACUUGAAUCAUUAGUGUCCGAACAUCCAACGCCUCAUGAAGAACAGAGAAAUAUUGAUGAUUUGGUUAGAGAUGGUAACCAAGAAUUAUAUGAAGGGUGUCAAAAGUAUUCAAAGUUGUCUUUUUUGUUAAGAUUGUAUCACAUAAAGUGCUUGUGUGGUGUGACUGACAAGGCAAUGACAUUGAUAUUGGAAUUGAUAAAGGAUGCAUUCGAAAAUGCGAAAAUUCCAGAUUCAUUCUAUGAGGCAAAGAAGAUCAUCUAUAAACUUGGUCUUAAUUAUACCAAGAUAGAUGCUUGUCCGAAAAAUUGCAUGUUGUAUUGGAAAGAAGAUGAAAGUUUGGAAAUAUGCGAACAUUGUAAAACUUCUAGAUGGAAGCCAAUGGGUAAGGGAAAAGGAGAUGGCCAUACUGUUAGUAGAAAAAAGCUACCGGCAAAGGUUUUGCGUUACUUCCCGUUGAAACCAAGGUUACAAAGAUUAUUUAUGUGUUCUAAAACAGCAAAAUCAAUGAGAUGGCAUGCUUUGGCAAACAAUCCAGAUGGAUUAUUGAGGCAUCCAAGAGAUGCUGAAGCAUGGAAGAGUUUUGACCAACUUCACCCUCAAUUUACUUCAGAAUCUCGAAAUGUUCGCCUUGGCCUAGCUACUGAUGGUUUCAAUCCUUAUGGAACCAUGAGUAGUAACUAUAGCAUAUGGCCGGUCAUCUUAAUUCCAUAUAAUCGCCCUCCUUGGGAGUGCAUGAAACAAACUUCCAUGAUUCUUUCUAUGAUCAUUCCUGGAAAACGAAUGCCAGGGAAUAAUAUAGAUGUGUAUCUACAACCUUUAAUCCAGGAGUUGAAUGAGCUAUGGAGUGAUGGUGUGGAAACCUACGAUUCUUCAAUGAAUGAAGUAUUUAGAAUGAGAGCAGCUCUUAUGUGGACAAUUAGUGACUUCCCUGGGCUUGGUACCUUAUCUGGGUGGAACACUUAUACUGGCAAUGCUUGCCCAACUUGUAAUUUUGAUACAUGCUCUUGUCGAUUAAAAUAUAGCAAAAAAUGGUGUUUUAUGGGUCAUAGACGAUUUCUGGAGAAGGGUCAUAAAUUUAGAUUGAUGAAGAAGCACUUCGAUGGCACAAUUGAAGAAAGAGAUCCACCUAUGUUAUUAUCCGGGUUAGAGAUUCUAAAUCAACUGGAUGGUAUCAAUGUAACCUUUGGAAGCAAUCUUGAAUCAAAUACUAGAAGGAAAAGAGCACGUGGAGAAGAUAAACCAAAACAAUGGAGAAAGAAAAGCAUAUUCUUUGAUCUUCCUUAUUGGAAGGAUAAUCUUUUACGUCACAAUCUGGAUGUUAUGCAUAUUGAGAAGAAUGUCUGUGACAAUGUUUUAUAUACAUUGAUCAAUGAUGAUAAAUCAAAGGAUCAUCGUGAAGCUCGCCAAGAUCUUAAACACAUGGGCAUAAAACAUGAUCUUUGGCCACUUGAAAAUGGAAAAUUUCUUCCUUUGUUGUUUACAAUGACAAGAGAACAACGAAACAUAUUUCUCACAACAUUGAAGAAUGUAAAGAUGCCAGAUGGUUACUCAAGUAACAUAUCUCGUUGCAUUGAUGAAAAAAACUCCAAGAUAUUUGGCUUGAAGAGUCAUGAUUGUCACAUCAUCAUGCAACAUCUGCUUCCAAUAGCUAUACGUAAUGUUUUGCCUGAUGCGGUGACUGCAGUGUUGGUAGAGUUAUCUACAUUUUUCAAAGAAUUAUGCCUAAAAAAGUUGAAUGUAUCAAACCUUGAUAAGCUGCAACAUCGAAUUGUGCUUACUCUUUGCCAUUUGGAAAUCCUUUUACCCCCUUCGUUCUUCACGGUGAUGGUUCAUUUAACUUGUCAUCUUGUUCAAGAAGUAAAAUUAGGAGGGCCGGUGUAUUAUCGCUGGAUGUAUCCAAUUGAGAGGAUGUUAGGGCAUUUUAAGUCUCUUGUACGGAAUAGGGCGCAACCAGAAGGUUCUAUUUGUGAAGCUUAUUUAGCCGAAGAGACACUAAAUUUGUAUUCACAAUAUGAAGAAGUUGAGUCAAGGAUGAACAGAGGUCGACGUGUUGAUGAUCGUCAAAAUGAUAAUAAAACGCCUCAAACAUCCUCCAUCUAUCCUCAAUUAGGUAGACCAGUUGGAAGUUCAUCAACUUUCACUCUUACUCCAUUAGAGAAAAUACAAGCACAUCGAUAUUUGCUACUGAAUUGUUCGAAAGUCUUUCCAUUUGUUGAAGCACUCAUUAAGAGAAGGACAACAGGUCGGAGACCUUCAGCUACAGCGAUAGAAAAGAUAGUUACUAAGGAAUUUGCAAAUUGGUUUCCUCAUCGGGUUAUGGAUCCGAACAUUUUAGAUUCAAUUACAACUGAAAUAAAGUUUCUGGCAAGGGGUCCAAUGCUACAGGCACGAAGAUAUACUGCAUAUAACAUAAAUGGGUUUAAGUUUAGAACUAUAAAUCGAGAUAAGGAUUUGAAAACUCAAAAUAGUGGAGUUUUUCUAACUUCAAACACAUCUUGUGUUGCAAGUAAUGCUGAUGCAAAUAUGAGGAAAGCAGAUUUGCCAUACUAUGGAAAGUUAGAAGACAUAAUUGAGCUCAACUAUUACGGUUUUUUCAAAGUAAUCCUAUUCAAGUGCAAAUGGGCAGAUACCACACGUGAGAGAGGAAUCAGAGAAGAUGCAUGGCAAUUUACUUCUGUGAACUUCUCUAAAUGUAUUCACACUGGUGAACGUGAAGAGCAUGACCCAUAUAUUGAAGCUUCACAAGCACAAUUGGUGUAUUAUGUGGAUGAUGAGGUAAAUAAAGGUUGGAGUGUUGUUGUGCACAUGAUGCCAAGGGAUGUGUAUGAUAUGGGAGAAGAUAUAGAACAUGUUAUUUGUGAAACUGAGUCAAAUCACGAGCAAGACCUAAGCAAUUUAUUCUCAGAAGAAGCUGACGCAAUAACAUUGGCUAGGGAGGAUGUAGAUAAUGAAUUCAUAACUACAAGCCAUGUUGAAAGUCAACUUCAUGGAGAUGAAAAUAUGUCCGAGUGA